ACGCGCGACACGAGAACACAGUGUACGGUGGAGAGUUGUUGCCGGUUGUGCAAAAGUUGCCCUUCGAACAGAGCGUGCGGUCAGUAGCAGCUGGGACGUGCUGGCUCGCGAUCGUACUGCUUUCUUGCUGAUGUAUGCCGCGCGCGCGCGAGUGCCUCUUUCCAGUGUGUGUGUGUGUCCAUUUAGCCGAUAAAGUGUUUAAUAAGUCGUCUCAAACGGCAGAGAUUUUAGGUGACACAGUGGAGUGAUUUAGUGGAGUGAAGUGAAAGGAAAAGCCUCUUCUUCCAGCUGUAGUUCUAGAGCACCGUACAGUGUAGUGCCCCUAGUAUAGCUGCGCCAGAGCAACACGAUGAGCCGCCGGGACAAUAAUGUGAGGAAAUUGUCCUUCCUGGGCUUCCACACCAAGGAGACAAGCAACGAUGACCCGAACGAGGUCCACCUGGACGACGAAAUCGAGCGCGUGUUCGGUACGACCGCCGAGAAGGAACGUUUCGAACUGAACCGGCUGCAGGACGAAGUCAUCCUGGACAACUCGCCGCUCAAGUACGACGAAGCGCACCGCGUCCCGGACAGCGCGGACGCCACGUCCAGUGCGAGCAACAACAACAACAACAACAACAACAGCAGCAGCACCAUCAGCAACAACAAGCCCUCCGCCAGCAGCAAUGAGCAGCAGGGCCGCAGCAAGCCGGUUGCGGCGUCACCGCCGACCACCACCCCGACCAGCCCGAUCUCGUUCUCGUCCAAGAGCGAGCCGACCGACACGAAACUCUCGUCCACCGCGAACAACACCACGCUAGCGGACAACACGUCGAACGAUUUCAGCGAAACCGUGCACGACGAGCCGGUGGUCGAUCAGGGCACGGUGCAGGGCGAACAGUGGGACACCAGCGCCAGAAGGAAUGUGCACUUUGACAAAGACAACAAGGGAGCGCCGAUCGAGGGUUUGCCGCUAGAGGACACUAACGAGGAGCGCCGGCGGCGUACCGAGAAACUGCUGCAAAGCAAACCCGUCCGAAGCAAAAGACGGCAUCAUCCGCACAAAUCGCGGAAGUUUUCGCUGCAAGAGUACCACCCCGAAUGGCGACGGCAGAGCGGUACCGAGGGUGGCCCGACCGGGCGCCGCAUCUCGGUCCAGCCAGAGGAUGCGACGCUGCAGGAGGCCGACAUCGACGAGCUGACGUCGCACCGGUCGGACGAUCCGCGGGCCCUGCGCCGCCACAAGGUCAGUGCCCAGUCGGGCGCGUCGCUGGUGAACAUCAACCGGAAGGAGGCGGCGCCGCCGCUCCAGCACCUGCUGCCCUCGAGCAAGUACAAGAAGAUGUACGACCACAGCCCGCACGAGGUGUUCGUGCAGCUGGACGAGCUGACGGGCAGCGGGGAGGACCGGGAGUGGAAGGAGACGGCCCGCUGGAUCAAGUACGAGGAGGACGUGGAGGAGGGCGCGGACCGGUGGGGCCGGCCGCACGUCGCCUCCCUGUCGUUCCACUCGCUGCUCAAUCUGCGCCGCUGCCUCGAGACGGGCGUCGUGCUGAUGGACCUGGAGGAGAAGGAUCUGCCCUCGGUGGCGUACCGCGUGGUGGAGCAGAUGGUCGUUGAUGAGCUGAUCCACGAGGAUGAUAAGGCGGUCAUCAUGCGAGCGCUGCUGCUGCGCCAUCGCCACGUCAACGAAAGCUCGCACGGUGGAUUUUCCUUCGGGCCGAAGCGGAAGUACAGCAGCUACACGAGCCUGCAGUCCCUGUCGAUGCGGGCCGAGGACGGUGGCAACGGGGAGGUGAUCGUGGGCGUCCGGCGCCUCAACUCGUUCGUAAGCCCCACCCAAAGCUACACGCUCAGUCCGCCCUCGCUGCACCCGAACUCGGUGUACGGCCAGAGCCCGAACCUUUCCUCCCGGAACCACCACACCCACCAUCAGCAACAGCCGGCGCAUCAGCCGGCCAAGGAUCAGCAGCGCCACCAGCGGCACGCAUCCGGUCCGCACCGGUGCCGGCGGUCCGGCAGCCAGGACAGCAGCAGCACGGCGACAGCCGCGGCAGCACCGGUGACCCUAACCACGGUCACCAGUGCCGUUGGUAUGCGACGAAAUAACUCACCUUUAUCGCUGACAGUUAGUGUGGAUGACAAGAAGCCACGCAUCGUACCGGCGACCGAGAUCAACGGGCACGGCGGUGGCCACGGUGAGACGCGCAUCAACAUCAGCGAGGAAACGUACACCUCCUCGCAGGAGGACAUCAAGAUGCGCACGCAGAAGGAAUCCAUCCUGAAGCGCAUCCCCGAGGGGGCGGAAGCGACGACCGUCCUCGUCGGUGCGGUCGACUUUCUCGAGCAGCCCACGAUCGCGUUCGUCCGCCUGGCGGAAGGUAUCCCGAUGCCCAGCAUUACGGAGGUCCCGAUCCCGGUGCGCUUCCUGUUCAUUCUGCUCGGGCCGCAGAAGACGGAGCUGGACUACCACGAGGUCGGCCGGUCGAUCGCCACGCUCAUGUCGAACGAGCACUUCCACGACAUCGCCUACAAGGCGGACGAUCGGCGCGAGCUGCUGUCCGCGAUCAACGAGUUCCUGGACGACUCGAUCGUGCUGCCGCCGGGCAAAUGGGAACGGCAGGCACUGUUGCCGUUCGAGGAGCUGAAGGCGAAGAGCGACAUGAUCCGGCUGCGCAAGAAGAAAGCGCUGGACGAGAAGAUCAAGAGCAAGCAGUCGCAGCUGCUGACGAGCGAGGAGGAAAAGAAGCUGCUGGCGGCAGCUGGCGGUGCGGGCGACGGUGGUGGCGGCGGCGAUGGGAAGAAGCCACCCAAAAACCCGCUGGAAAAGACGAACCGCCUGUGGGGCGGCCUGAUCAACGACAUCAAGCGCCGCUACCCGAUGUACAAGAGCGACAUCAUGGACGGGCUGAACACGGAAACGCUGGCGGCGACCAUCUUCAUGUACUUUGCCGCCCUGUCGACGGCCAUCACGUUCGGGGGGCUGUCCUCGGACAAGACGCACAACCUGAUCGGCAUCUCGGAAACGCUCGUGUCGGCCUCGAUGGUGGGGCUGGUGUUUCAUCUGCUCGCGGGACAGCCGUUGGUCAUUAUCGGCACGACUGGACCGCUGCUGCUGUUCGACGAAGCGCUGAACCAGUUCUGCAUCUCGAACGACUUCAGCUUUCUCACGGUGCGGGUGUACGUGGGGUGCUGGCUGGCGGUGAUUGCGCUGGUUGUGUCCGCGUUCGAGGGCAGCGUGUACGUGCGGCUGUUCACGCGCUUCACGCAGGAAAUCUUCUCCGCGCUCAUCACGCUGAUCUACAUCGUCGAGACGGUGAUGAAGCUGCUGUCCGUGUACAAGCGUCAUCCCCUGUUGGCGGAGUACCUGUACAAGAACGUCACCGAGCCACAGCCGCUCCCGAUGCCCUACCUGGAGGAGGAGCGCAACGGAACGACUCCCACCUCCGAGCUGCUGGCCGAGAGUCUAACAACGGCCGUGAACGGUACGAUCGCAAUGGCGCAGGACGCGGCCAAUCUGCUCAUCCCGGAAGACGGCACCGGGCCACUGAACCGACCCAACACGGCCCUCUUCUGCACCAUCCUCACGCUCGGCACGUUCUCGCUGGCCUACUAUCUGAAGCUGUUCCGCAACUCCCACUUCCUGGGGCGUAACGCCCGCCGUGCCCUCGGUGACUUCGGUGUGCCGAUCUCGAUCGCGCUGUUCGUGCUGGUCGACUACAUGAUCCCGCAGGUGUACACGGAGAAGCUAAGCGUACCGGAGGGCCUGUCGCCGAGCGAUGAAACGCGCCGCGGAUGGAUCAUUCCGCUCGGUGGCGUUCCCGGCUGGAUGCCAUUUGUUGCCGGCAUUCCCGCCCUGCUGGUGUACAUCCUGAUCUUCAUGGAGACGCACAUCUCCGAGCUGAUCGUGGACAAGCCCGAGCGGGGGCUGAAGAAGGGCUCGGGCCUGCACAUGGACAUUGUGCUGCUGUGCUUCCUGAACACCGUCUGCGGGUUCUUCGGUAUGCCGUGGCACUGUGCCGCCACCGUACGGUCGGUGACGCACGUGUCUGCCGUCACCAUCAUGUCGAGAACACACGCCCCCGGAGACGCUCCACACAUUACGGACGUGAAGGAGCAAAGAAUAUCGGGCUUCUUCGUGUCGCUUAUGGUCGGGCUGUCCGUAACGAUGGCUCCAAUUUUGCGCCUCAUCCCGAUGUCCGUACUGUUCGGUGUGUUCCUGUACAUGGGCAUUGCUUCCAUGAGCGGUGUGCAGUUCUUCGAGCGAUUGCGGCUGUACCUGAUGCCGGUGAAGCAUCAUCCACAAGUGCCAUUCGUGCGCCGCGUCCCGACCUGGAAGAUGCACCUGUUCACCUUCGUGCAGAUACUGGCGCUGGCCAUGCUGUGGGCGGUCAAGUCGUCCCCGUUCUCGCUCGCCUUCCCCUUCUUCCUGAUCAUGAUGGUACCGAUCCGGAAGCAGCUGGAGAGCAUCUUUUCGCCCCUGGAGUUGCGUGCCCUCGAUGGAAGCCAACCGAACGAAGGCGCAGAGGAUGAGCCCGAUUUCUACGAGCAAGCUCCCAUCCCUGCUUAAGGACAAUUGGGGAUACUGCGCAAUCUACGCCGCACUGAGCCUACUUUUGAGCUAUGGGCUCAAACACAAACGGCUUGAAUUUUUGCAUGAAUUUUGUCUACCGUUCUUCAGCCGAUCAUCUGCCGAGGAUGAUCCGCAUGAUCAAAUGCAAAGCGAUCACGUUAAAAACUAAAACAUAGCAACCAAGCAACUCCUAAAGGCAAAAAAAACAACCCUAAAUAUAUAUUUAUUGCAAACACAUGUUAACUAGCGGAGCAACAACGGAGGAGAAGAAGCGGAACAACACCGAAGUAAAAAAAAACAACAAUUUUCGCGUAAAAAAACACACACACACACCACAUAUAUAGUGAAAAGACGUCUCCUUUUACGUAACGAAAUUAUUAGGCAUAGGAGUAGGCAAUUCUAUUAAAAACAAAACAAAAAAAACCGUAGCAUAAAUCAAAAGCAACAAUCUAUUCUCCAUAAUUCUUCUCUUCUUUAAAGGGAAGGAGAGAGCGAGUGAGAGGGAGAGAAAGACAGAAAGGGAAAUAUGAGAGAGAGAAAGAGAGAGAGAGAGAGAGAGAGAGAGAGAGAGAGAGAAAGAGAGAAAGGAAAAGAAAGAGAGUAACGCGAAGGACAACAAGCGCGAUCGAUCAAACCACAUCUCACACGUGGAAAUUGAGUGUGUCUGUGUGUUUGAAUGUAUGUCUAGGUGUGCGUGUCUACAACAGUCUGUGAUCAGUAUUACUUACAGGAAUGCAUCGGAACACAACCGCGCGUUGGGGGCAAUAAAGAGAUGAAGCAACAAAAAAAA